AUGUUUGAGCUGUCUCACGAAGCAUUACUCGAGGUGAUGGCAUACUUGCCAACUCGGGAACUUUGUAGAUUUAUGGUGUUAUCAAAGUAUUUUAACCAACGAAUCCGAGAAAUAAUAAUCGAUCGAUUUACCGAGGUUUUUUCUAAUCAAAGGAAACGUCUAUUGGUAUACAUGUCAAGGUAUGAUCUCCUGGAAUUGUCGGAAACUCACUAUGCAUUCGAUUUCACCUUCAAAAGCCUGAGCGGAGAAACCCUCAUAUCAACGUUCUUCGUGGAUUCUACACAACCCAAGGGAACCAUUGGACCGAAACGUGUAAAUCUAGAAGGGUUGAUCUUAUGCGGUGGUGGGGUCUGGAGACAACGACCGGUAAACAAUUCGAUACAGUACUUGGGUUGGGGGGUGGAUUCCGAGGAGAAGGAGGCAAGAAUCUACAUUUACGAUUGUCACUCGAGGAAGCCUUACACCAAAGCGUGCUAUGUGACCCACGGGCGAUUGAUUACGCCGGUGGACGGAUGCAUAUCAACCAAGGGAUGGUGGUCGGCACCGUUGCGUUCCAAAAACAAGAGGUUGACGUCAACGGCAGGGUUCGUGGGAAGAAAUAGAGCAAGUGACAAGGUUUCUGGGAUUCCCUACGUCAUGGGAAAGCUGAAAACCAUCACCAUAAAGGCAGAAUUGUUGUUGGUAGCUUGCGAAGAACAGCAUGCGGAUAAAUCCAAGAGUGGGGUGAAGUACUUGUUGAUGGAGGGAGGAGAAGAAUGCCUAAGACAAAAGAAGAAUUGUGUAAUCUGUUAG